UCUACUGGUGAAUCCAAGAGCCACUCCUCCUCAUGCUCACACACCCGGUCUUAAUGGCGCCAUGGCAGCAUCUUCAUGAAAGUGUGCUUCAAGACUGCAAUGCAUUCGAGAAGGCUCAUGGAAAGGACUUGUGGACAUACGAGAAGGAAGCCUCGACUGUCAACGACGUUUUCAACAAUUCCAUGUCGACGAUUACGAUUCUUCUAAUGGGAAAAAUCCUGAGCGGCUAUGACGGUUUCAAGGAGGUUAAAACUUUGGUUGAUGUGGGAGGAGGAAAAGGAACGGCUUUGGCACACAUUGUGAAGGCUUAUCCCCACAUCCAUGGAAUUAAUUUUGAUCUUCCUCAUGUUGUUCAGACUGCCCCAUCAGUUCCAGAAUGUAUUGACAGACUGGGAUGACGAGAGCUGCAUAAAGAUACUUCAAAAUUGCCACAAGGCUUUGCCUAAAAGUGGACGACUGAUACUGGCAGAAAUCAUGACGGCAGAAGACUCAAAUUCCUAUAAAUCUAUUGAAAUUGUUUUCGAUCUGGUUAUGAUUGCCCUUGCCAACGGAGGAAAAGAGAGGAGCACACAUGAAUUGAUGAAACUGCUUCAACUUUCAAAUUUCAACGUAGUGAAGAUAGUGGAGUUACCUGGACUUUCAAAGUUGAAGAUUAUUGAAGCAAUCAAGGUUUAAACAUAAUUCAAGAGUAAUUUGCUGAUCAUCAAAAAGAGGGAAAUCACAUUUAAGGUAAUCCCUUUAAUUGGCUUUGCCUUUGCUUAUUGUUAUCGAUUUGAUGGUAACUGUGAGGGACCGUAGUUGCCUUUAAUUUCUCUAUACUUAUAAUUGUUGGAACAGUUGAUACCAUCAUAAUUAUUUUAUUUCCUGUUCAUCCUUCAACUCAGCAGACAA